GUAAUACAUUUAUGCGCCAGAAUGUUUAUCCGAUACUCGAGCUUUAAACUUGUUCGGACCUGGGUAAAUGAACUAAUUCUGAGCUUAUUACUAAGUGAUAAGGCAUUAUUGGUUUUACAUCAUGACAGGAGUCGCUACUGAUUUAAAGUAGUCUGUUCGGAAAAGGUUAUAUCAGUUAGUGUAUAUAUAUAUUUACAUACAUCCAUUUGAAUCUUCAUUAAAAUAUAAUACUUUUUAUCUUAAGUUUAUAUUCUACAAUCAUGUCUCCCUCAAAGACCAAUACCAAUACUACAAUUUAUUCCGAAACUGAUACAUCAUACUCUAUCAUUGAGAAAGCUCCAAUAUCACUAGAUGUUAUAAUAGUAGGAGCAGGUUUAGGUGGAUUGACCGCAGCCAUUGGAUUAACUAUGGCUGGUCAUAAUGUUACCGUUUUAGAACAAGCUCCUCAAUUAGGUGAAGUAGGAGCUGGAAUUCAAAUCCCUCCUCCAUCUCUGAAAAUCUUAAAUUCAGUUGGAUGUCUUGAUAAAGUAUUAUCCAAAUCCAUUUUACCUCAUGACUUUAAGAUUUUUGGUUGGAAAGAUGGUAAAUGUCUUUCUCAACAGAAUUUAAUUCCUUUUGUAAUGGAUGAAUAUCAUGGUCAAUAUAUUCAUAUUCAUAGAGCUGAUUAUCAUCGUUCAUUAGUUGAACGUGCUCAAGAAUUAAAUAUUGAUAUUAUAUUAAGUGCUAAAGUUAAUCAUAUUGAUUUUAAAACUAAUACUGUUGGUACAACCAAUGGUAAUACAUAUAAGGGAGAUCUUGUUGUUGGAUAUGAUGGAAUUAAAUCUCAACUUCGAUCCUUUAUUCUUGGAUAUGAAGAUUUACCUUAUAAUACUGGAGAUUUAGCAUAUAGAGCAUUAAUUGAUGUUGAAGAAAUGAAAAAAUAUCCAGAAUUAUUAUCUUUUCUUUAUGAAACUCCUAAUAUAAACUUUUGGUGGGGUCCAAAAUGUCAUAUUGCUGUAUACUUCUUACAAGGAGGGAAAACAUGUAAUGUUGUUGUAUUAAGUCCUGAUACUAUGCAAGAAGGUGUCUUUGUAGAAGAAGCUACCAAGGAUGAAUUAAUUGAAUUAUUUGAAGGAUGGGAUCCAAGACUCCUUAAAUUAUUUGAAUUAAUUCAUCAUACUUCUAAAUGGAAAUUACAAAACCUGAGAGAAUUGGCAACUUGGACUCAUCCUGAAAGUAAUUGUAUUAUAUUAGGUGAUGCUCUGCAUGCUACAUUACCAUAUUUAGCUAGUGGGGCAUCUUCAGCUUUAGAAGAUGCGGCAGUAUUAUCAGGAUUAUUUAGUCAUAUUGAAUCUAAACUGCAAAUUCAUGAUUUAUUAGAAUUAACUGAAUCAUUAAGGAAAUGGAGAUCAACUCAAAUUGUUCAAGGGUCAACACAAUGUCAAAGAAUAUAUCAUUUACAAGAUGGUGAAGAUCAAUUAAAGAGAGAUUCUAAAUUAGCAGAUUUACCACCAAAGAUUGGAUACCCCAAUAGAUGGGCAGAUCCAGUAUUUCAAAAAUUUCUUUGGGGUUAUGAAGCAUUUAAUGAAGCAGAAAGAGGUUGGAAGGAAUAUAAAUCUAGGGGUAAUAAAGCUGUUAAGUAUUUUGUUGAUAAUUUAUAUGAUGAUGCUCAUUUAUAA